GGCAUGUAUCACGAAGGAACCGCCUGACCUCGACAAACCACGCGAGCCUACUGUAUACUACUGUAUACCACGACUGUAUACAUAUACUGCUGUGUAUCCUACUGUGUAUCCUGUGUAUACUGUGUAUACUGUGUAUACUGUGUAUUCUGUAUACACCAUGCAGCAUAUCAUCUCGGGCAGCCGGAAUCCCGGGUGUCCCACGGAGCCCGGCUGCCUUCGGGUCGGUAUUCCCAGGUAUCGGCGCGGUAUCCGAGGGUCUGGAGGCUGCAGGUUGACGCCCCGCCAGGAAGACUAUUCUCACGACCGACCUGACUCGAGAGAACCGACGAAGGCAGGGGGGAUAUUGGUGGUGGUGGUGGUGGUGGUGGUUGGAUUGGGAUUGGGAUGAUCGGCCGGACAGGACCAGCCUGCGCUUACACGUGGAGAAAACCGCCCCGAUCCAGUCACGGCCGACGACCCACCCCGUCUUCACCCUUCACCCUUCACAUACGUUGCCCGUUGCCCGUUCGGUGUCUCUGCCUCGCCUCGUCUCUGUUGCAGUCGCUCACCAAUCCCUCUCUCUCCGUCGCCAUUCCCAUCUCCUCGCAGGGCUUGAUCGCUGCUCACUGCUGUCGUCUUCCCGGAAGAUCGCCCCCCUCAAAAACCGACCAGGAAAAGAACAGUGUAGCCUGAUGGGCACGGCCCUACUGGGAAUCCUCCCCAGCUUCUAGCCUUCCUCUC